AUGACAGUUGAAUCAAAGUUUAUCGCUUCUAUUGUGACUCUACUUUUCUCAACGUUUUUGUUGGGCAAUGGACUUAUACUUGACUGUCAAUACACUAACGUGACAGCUGUUACUCACAAUCAUAUUGCAGGAAGAAAUAACAGUGACGUCCUAGGAUUACUUGUUGAAAACUCCGGAUUAAUGUUUCUACCACAAAAUAUCGACAACUUCUUCCCAAACCUUGAAUCUUUAAACUUCAGAAGUGCAUCAAUUCAAAGUUUAAAAUCAUCUGAUUUGAAUGUUUUUCCUAACUUAAUUCAGAUCGAUUUCUUCAGUAAUUUAAUUACUCAACUUGAUUUCCAUAUUUUCGAAGAAAAUCUUAAAUUGAGAGCAAUUCGUUUUCAAUCAAACCCAUUGAAUCAUAUAGGCCACGGUGUAUUUGAUCAUUUGAAUGAACUAACAUCAAUUCACACUCAAGGGACUUGCCAUCCAUUGACUAUUACCAAUAAUAGAAACCAAGUUGUUUCUGGGAUUUUCAAUUUCUUUCGACAAUGUCCACCAACACUUGAAAUGAUGGAAAGAGAAAUUCUCACCGGAAGAAAUUUUGGGAGAAUAGUUGACGAACAAAUUGCUGACCAAAUGAACCCUUUGACUUUGCAAGUCUUUCAAUUAAGACAGGAGUUGAUUCAAUUGGAACAUCGCAUUGCAGUUCUUGAAAGGAAUUAA